CGUGCUCCUCGGCCUCCCCUCUCCUUCCGCCAGCGCCGCGGCUGCGCGGUCCCUGCCAUCUUCUAAGCGUGGGGUCUGCGUUCCUGUCCCCAGUCUGCCGUCCAGUGGGGCUUUCCUCCAGCUCCACACCAUGCUGAGUCCACGGCAAGGCCUUCUCAGGCCGGUGGGAUGCGGGGUGGAGGAGCUGCGGCGCCGCCGGCGGGAGCGGGAGGCAGCACUGCGGCGGGCCCGGAGGGAGCAGCAGCUGGUCAGCAAGAGGCUGCUGAGAGACGACACCCCAGAGGAAGCCGAAGGGGGAAGUGUGGCCUCCAUCCUCGGGGAAGCCGAGAUCCAGCAGUUCCUGUGGUUAGCCCAGCGGGGGACAGAGGAAAAGGAGAGAGAAGGAGCUCUGGUCAGCCUUCGUCGAGGCUUGCAGCACCCAGAGACACAGCAGACCUUCAUCAGGUUGGAGGGCAGCAUGCGGACCCUGGUUGGGCUCCUGACCAGCAACCACGCCCUGUUGCAGCUUGAGGCGGCUCGGUGCCUUCAUGAGCUCUCUCAUUCCGAGCAGUCUGAAGUGGCUGAGGCCUGCCUGCCAGCCACGUCCUACCUUCUCACCUACCUCGCCGGUCACAGCUCAGACCUUAUAGAGCUCUGUCUGUAUACACUGGGUAACCUGAUUGUGGAGAGUGAAGCUGGGAGAAGGCAGCUCCUGCCACAGGGCAUUGUUCCAGCCUUGGCUUCCUGCAUCCAGUCCCCCCAUCUGCCUGUGCUUGAAGCCCUUGGAUAUGCUUUGUCCCAGCUCCUGCAGGCUAAGGAAGCGCCGAAGAAGAUCAUCCCUUCCGUCCUGGCCUCCUCUAUUCCCCAGCAUAUGCUGCGACUAUUGCAACCUGGACCAAAGCUGAACCCUGGGGUCGCUGUGGAGUUUGCCUGGUGCCUUCACUACAUCAUCUGCAGCCAGGUCAAUAAUGCCCUGCUCAUCACCCAUGGGGCGGUCUCCACUCUGGGGCUGCUACUGCUGUACUUGGCGGGGUCUGUCCAGAGUCCUGAAGAUGCAGGACUGGAGUUGCUGGUGUGCCCUGUGCUUCGGUGUCUAAGCAACUUGCUAACAGAGGAGGCGGUGGAAGCUGAGGGAGGGCAAGUGCAGCUCAGAGAUGAGCGUGUUGUGGUCUCCGUCUUUAUCCUUCUGCAGUUCCUCCUCCAGAAACACCCCAGCCUGCUUCCCGAGGGCCUUUGGCUUCUUAAUAACCUCACUGGUGCUCACAGUUCUGUGCAACGUUGCAGAGAAGGGUCCUGCUUAUUGCUGGCAUCUUUGGCCAGGGCCCCUGCUCUCCUCCUUGCUGGACACAUUGGCCUUGUCUGACACUGAUGUAGUAGGCCAGAGUUUGGAGCUGCUGCAACUGCUGUUCCUCUACCGGCCAGAGGUUGGUUUCUGGUUCUCAAUCCUUGAUCUGAAGCUUCUAGUCUAACCAUGGCUCCUUUCCUUCGUUCUAACUAUAGCCACUUCUCUGGACCUGGCUAGUCUGUGUCCAGGUCAGAGCCUGCAUCCUCUUGCUGGGAAUGUACCCUUUCCCAAGAAGAGGUGGGCUGACCCCUAACGCUCUGGGAAUUGAAUGUUAGGCACAGAGACCCAGGUGCCGAAUCCUUUUCUUCCCUGCCUUUAGGCUGCCCAGGCCUUCCUGCAGCAAUCAGGGCUGCAGGCCCUUAAAAGGCACGAGGAGGAAGCACAGCUCCAGGACCGAGUGCUUGCUCUCCAGCAGACAGCUCUCCACAGAUGACUGCUUCUCAGUGUCUCUUUACUCCACCCCCCCACCCCCCAGCUCUGUGCCCCAUGGAGCCCCUUAUGGUGGUGGGAGGGUUAAUGAGGCCUCAUGUUCUCAUCCACAUCGAAGCCUAAACCAAGACCUUUAGACUCCAGCCCUUCCUUUCACUCAGCACUGACCAUACGGGAUUAGAGGGAAGUGGCUGUGGUCUACUUACUCUGGGGCCCUGGAAUCUCUCUCUCUCUCUCUCUUUUUUUUUUUGCUUUAGCAGCUGGUAGCUUUUGAUGGGGCAGAAUAAAGUCUUAUUUUUAUAUUAAA